UGUGUGCUCAAUUGUAGCGAUCUCGAUCAGGGGCAGUAAACUAAAGCCAACUGCUAACUAAUAAAAUUAGGAUACUUAGUUUCUUUAAGUUGUCUGUGGCUUUUUUCUGUAGAUGAAUAGGUUGGUUUUUGGUGUAUUUUUUAUCUUCACUUUAAGAUUACAGGAAAUUUUUAGCAGCUUCAGACCACACAAACCACUUCCUGUUGCCCCCCUCUGUGAUGACGUGGGGUUUUCAUGAAAAGCUCUAAAGAGCAAUGGAGCAAAACGCAAAAUCUGAUUCUUUAAAACAACGUCCUUUGCUGUGGAUGAUAUCAACUUUCUACUAUGACAUCACAGAUUAACAGACGUGGAUUAGGAAAUGGGAAGUAUGUCUGAAUUCCUAAAUCAGCAGGGCAUGAAAGUCGUCUACAAAAGCUCAGAUCAUGAAGAGAGACAACCAGAGCCUGACAUAAUGAAGAGUCUAGAGAGAAGGGGAUCAAGACUGCUACGUGCUUCACAGCUGGAGAAAAUUGAUGAAUUCUUCCAGAUCUGUGACAGUGAGGGCAAGGGUUAUAUUACGGCCACUGAUAUGAGGAGGUUGCACAAAGAAUUACCACUCUCUGCAGAGGAACUGGAGGACGUCUUUCACUCAUUGGACUUGGACAGAAAUGGCCGCCUAACUCUAGAAGAGUUCUCCUCUGGAUUCAGUACAUUUCUGCAGGGACGUAGAAUGAGCCAGGUGGAGGAUCAGCUCAUGGGUCUCUCACAGGACUCUCCAGAAGCUCUAUAUCAGAAUGAGCCACAGGAUUAUGAGGAAGAAAGUCACUUCAGCACGCUGAUGGAAAGCCUAGGGGCUAGUAAUAUCUUUGAAGAUCCCAGUGUAGUGCGCACCCUGUGGAUUCAGCUAAGAAAAGAUGAACCUCAUCUCCUGUACAACUUUGAAGAUUUCCUGGCUCGAGUUACAUCUCAGAUCAGAGUGGCCCAACAAGAGAAGUGUGAGAUGGAAAGUGCCUUGAGAAAGAAAGCUGCAACACACAAUGGUGAAAUCCAGCAGCUGUAUGAGGAAAUGGAGCAACAGCUAAAAAAUGAGAAAGAUCGACUGAGUCAAAAGGACUUCAGAAGUCAGGAUCUGCAGCAGCAGUUGAGCAGCAAAGAGCAAGAACUUGAGUGGCUCUUCCUCAAACAGAGAAGAUUGGAGCAACGGUGUCACGAUAUGCAUAGUGAACACAAGGAAAGUCAGUUGGAAAACCUAAAACUGAAAAUGACCAAUCAGGAGCUCUCGCGUGAGCUGGAGCACACCUGUCAUGAGCUAUCAUUGGCUCAGGAGCAACUGGAAAAACUGCAGGAGCAAGCUUUGAGACAGAAGCAAGAAAAAGACAUGGAGGUGUACAGAAUCAUUGAGAGACUGCAGAGGGAGAAACAAACCCUAGUUCAUCAAUUAGACCUGCUCAGAGAAAUGCAUAAAGAUUUAAGAGAUGAACAAGACUCUUUGAAUUGCAGCAAGAAGAAGGCCAUCCUUGAACAGAGCUCAACCUCAGUUGUUCAUUCUGACAGGAAGCAGACUACAGAAAGCAUGGCUGGUACAAAAGUGACUCAGCACGCUAACAGGAAGACCUCAUGUCAUAGCUCUAGCCCACACUCUACCUCCGGAGAUGAUGGGAUGAUAAGAACGGCAAAGAAUACUGCAGGUGGGAACUCAGCAUCCAAGAACCCAAACCCAGUGGAUUCUCCACGACACCACAGGGUUAUCUCCAUCGAGGAGGACCACCUCCCACACCUGCUAGAAGGAGAAACCUAUUCUCUCUUUCACCAGAUGAAUGAGGAAGAAGAAGGGGCCCAGAUAGAUCUGCAGAUGAGCCCCAUGUUUUUUUCAAACAUGUCCCUGCCCUCUUUGACCAGGGGCCAGCCGGUAGGCAGGGAGGCUAUACAGAAGGGUCCAGUGGAUUGUUCUGUGUCCACCCCACAGCGCCUUUUUAAAAUUAUUCUGGCAGGCGACUCAAGUGUGGGUAAAACUGCUAUACUACACCGUUUCUGUGAUGGUUAUUUUCGCACAGACACUACAGCCACUGUGGGCAUCGACUUCAGUGUGCAGACUCUGAAACUGGGGGACAGUCAUGUGGCUCUGCAGUUGUGGGACACUGCAGGACAAGAGAGAUUUCAAAGCAUUACCAAGCAGUUUUUCCGCAAGGCUGAUGGUGUGGUGGUGACCUAUGACAUUACGCUGCGUGACAGUUUUAAAUCUGUUCGCCCCUGGCUGAUGAGCAUACAGGAAGCAGUUGGGGGCCCAAUUCCCAUCAUGCUCCUGGGCAACAAAUCAGACAGGGAGAGUAUGAGGGAGGUGGCAACCAAGGAAGGGGAAAAGCUUGCUAAGGAAGCACAUUUGUUAUUCUAUGAGUGCAGUGCUUAUACAGGCUACAAUGUGCUAGAGGCCAUGGUACACCUAGCCAGUGUAUUGAAGGAGCAGGAGGACAGAGUCUGGGAGAACACAGUGCGUCUGGGGGAUCAGCCAGGGAAGAAGAAAACCUGCUGUGUGUGAAAACCUCCUGCAUGUGAAAACACACACACACAGACACAGACACACACACACACGCACACACACACACACACACACAGGUAGAUUAAAUGUGUAAAAUAUGAGAAGUAGUGUUGGAGAUGAAAGAUGAUUCAUCUGUAAUUAGGAAACAUUAUCUGAAACAAAUUCAUUUUUUCUGCACUGUGCUCUCAUUAUGUCUCUCAUUGUUGUUGCUGGUUUAAUAGACUGACAAAAGUGUGACUUGUGUGACAGUAAGUGGUAGAAUAAACUAAUGAGAUAGUACAGUUGGAUUCUAUUUAGGAUUCAAAUACAAUUACAUGUACUACAAGAUUUAUACGCAAGUGUGAAUGCCAUGUAUUAGCCACGGUGACUAAGCAGGCAUGAAAGUAACAGACCAAUAUUCCUACUAAGAUUCUCCGUCUAAAUUUGGGAGUAAAACAUUUGAGAUGUAAAUGUUAUGUACUAAAUUAAUAACGUGUAUAAAUAUUUUUCCUACUGUCAUUCCAUGUACAGAUAUAUUUGUUAUAUACAAGAUGUACAGAAUUGUGAUCUAAUACAUUUUUUUGUUUGUUUUUUAUAUCUGUGUAUUUUUUUAAAUAUAAUAAAAAUUGAUGUACA